CAAACAUGGCGGAGAGGUCUUCCGAACGGGAUCAGUCUCAGCCCGAACUAUCGGCUCUGGCCGUUCGCACAGCUCAAGCUUUGUGUGAUUUAUUGGGCAAAAGGUUAGAAGCUCCAACUACAUCUCAAGCGACUGGUCAGAGCAUGCCAGGCUUGGCAGUAGGCAGCAGUCAGAGCACUGUAUGCAGUUCUCCAACCGUGAGGCAGAGCAUGAAAAGGACAUUCCCACACAUCUUCAGCAAGGCUGCUGAUGGUCCAAAGGGGAAAAGGCGAUUCUCUGCUCCUGCCACAUCUCUUGUCAAAACAUGUGUCUUCAAUGUCUAUGUUCUUCCAAGACCCACUGACUUCACACCAAAGAGCUCAGCAGAAGAAUUACAGCUUGCCACUGCUGGCCUUGGAAGACGCAUGAUAUCUCUAGCAGAGAACUGGGGACACAGUCAGAUUGAAGCUCAGCUUUGUGAGGUAUUUCCCAAGUUAAACACAUUGAAAGGAGGCUGGAUGUUUUAUAAAUCCACAGGUGGCAGUGGACGUCGUAAGCUGACAUCAGUGUUACAAGGCCCUGAGGGGUACACCUUUGACACACUAAAAGGGGCAUCUUGCAGCGGCAAGAACACUUUAUUUUUAGUUCCGCUACAGGAGCAGCUAUCUGUUCAACCACUUCCCUAUGACUCUCCUGAGUUUGCCAAGAUGCCAAAGGCAAACUGCAUGAAAUGUGGAAUACUAAUGCCUUUUCAGCUGUUAUCGUUACAUGUCGAGGAAUGCAAUGUGGAUGAUUUUGAGGCAUCUCCUGAUGAAGACAGCAUAGUUAAUGAAGAUCCAGUUCUCUGUACUACAGCUGUCCAAGACCUUCAUACCACUGAGAAAGGACAAUCUACUGCCAUGGAAAAAACCUGUGAGGUUUGCCCGAUCUGUCAGGCAUCUUACCCUCAUGAUGACCUUCCGUUUCAUGCCAGCACGUGUGGUGAAGGACAAGACAUUGCAAAUACUAUGAGCAGGGAAGCAGCCAGUAUGACAAGUGUUGAGGAAUUGCCAGGACCCUCAUUUCAGGGAUUGUCAACCCCACCAUCAGCUGCAUGGGAGAAGGAAGAAGACCCCAAGGAAGCAUGUCAAUUGUUCAGACAACAACUACUGCUGCGUUACUCAAAAUGCCCACACCUCUUGCUGUCAAUCAACAUGUUUGAUUCAGAAGAAGACAAGGACCGUUCAUUUAUAGAAUUCUACAAAAGGAAUAAUGUCGAAUGGGCAGCUCCUUUCAAGUGCAUGCUGACAGGAGAUGCAGCAAUUGGUGAAGGGGUCACACGACAUGUCUUGUCAAUGGCCAUGCAGAAAUUGACGACUGGUUUCAGUAUUAAUUUAGGAUCCGCCAGUCUUACACCCCUUUUUGAAGGGGAAAGAGACCAUCUAGUUCCCUCAGCUGCUGGGGUGCUACGGGAAUGCAAGCUGUUUGAGAUGGCAGGUCGGAUUAUUGGACAUAACUUCUUUCAUGGUGGGUCCGGUUUACCAGGACUUAGUAUGGCUGUCGUGACUCUACUGACUGGGGGUGACAUUGACACGGCAGUAGCAGCUCUGACCAUAGAGGAUGUUGCCGAUAUUGAGCAUCGUGAAACUAUUGCUUUGCUCAAGAAACCGGAACUUACAGUGGAAGAAAUCACCCGUGUGAGUGAUCUUUGCCUGUCCUGGUAUCAGCCUACUCCGAAUUCCACCAAUCACGACUUGCUGUUUCAGCUGCUGCUUUCAAAGGCUGUACUUCACAAUGGAAUGCAGCCAAUUAAGCAGAUCCGGAAAGGUCUUAAAGAUACUGGAAUCUGGCCACUUAUUUUAGCCAGACCAGAUGUCCACUGUAUACUGUUCCCCAGGGAGGCAAGUGUGGAACUUAGCUCACAGACCAUGAUAGAGAGCAUUUGCUGGCCACAAUCUAUUUGUGACAGUGAUGAAGAUGACGAGGAGCCUGUUCCAUUGAAGGACAUCAGUACAGUGACUGGGUUCCUAAGGAAAUUCAUUGAGGAAGCAUCACCGAAGGUUCUGUGCGACCUUAUGAAGUUCUGGGUGGGAUGGGAGCACCAAACGAGGAGCCUAUAUGUAAAGGUAGUGCGCUCAACCUACCCAGUUGCUCACACCUGCCUAUACACGUUGGAGCUUCCGAGUCACUACAGCACCUACAAAAUGUUUAAAGAGGAUAUGAUCAUGGCUCUAAGUUCAAUCAGCUCAGGAUUUGGGAAAGUGUAAUAAAAGUUUACUGUUAUUGCUUGAAGUUCUUUGUCUAGCACUUUAAAAUGUUAACUGCCCUUGUUAAGGCAAUUUUAAAUUGGGCCACCUCAGUGUUUUAAAACGAGCUGUUAUUAUACUGCAAUUGUUGUGAAGACUGUACAACGAAUAGUUAAUUGUAAUAAAGUUUUGUCAAGACUU